AUGUCAGGUAGAAGAAGACAUUAUCCACAACCUCAAUAUGCAGCAGGUGGAGGAGCACCUUCUGCUUCCCCACCACAAUUCCAACCUCAACAAUUUCAACCUCAACAACAACAACCAGCUUAUGGAGCAGCAGGUGCUGGAUACGGAGUAGAUCAAGUUCAACAACAAUUUCAACAGCUUAAUGUUAAUGGUGCCCAAGCCGGUGCUGUUCCUGGAAUGCAACAAGCUCCUUAUCAAUAUCAACAACCGCAACAACCAGUCUCUCAACCAGGUCUUGGUCAACAACCAUAUGAUCCUUAUCAUCAACCAGGAAUACAACAACAGGCCCAACCUCAAGUUCAAGCUGGAUAUGGACAACCUGCAGCUGGUGUAGGGUAUGGACAACCAAAUAAUCUUGGAGGUUCUUUACCUUUGAAUCAAUUAUAUACUACUGAUUUAUCUCGAGAAUUACCACCACCAAUCUCCGAUUUAUCAUUACCACCUCCUCCUUUAGUAUUACCAACUAAUUCAAGUAUAAUCCCAGGUUCUGAAACUGCAAAUGCAUCCCCAGAUUAUUUCAGAAGUACAUUAAAUGUUAUUCCUAAUAAUUCAUCCGUUUUAAAGAAAUCUAAAUUACCUUUAGCAUUGGUUGUAAAACCGUAUAAUGCAUUAAAAGUUGAAGAAGAGAAUAUUCCAGUAACUUGUGAUACCACUAUUAGUAGAUGUCGUCGUUGUCGUGGUUAUAUUAAUCCUUUCAUCUCAUUGGCUGAGAAUGGUAGACGUUGGAGAUGUAAUUUCUGUAAUUUAUUAAAUGAUAUUCCAAGUUCUUUUGAUUAUGAUGAAAUAAGUGGAACAGUUAAAAAUAAGUUUGAUAGAGUUGAAUUAAAUCAUUCAGUAGUUGAAUUCAUUGCUCCUAAAGAAUAUAUGGCAAGAGCUCCACAACCAAUUGUUUAUACAUUCAUUAUUGAUGUUUCCGUUCAUGCAGUUCAAAGUGGAUUAACCGGAACCAUUUCUAGAACCAUUUUAGAAAGCUUAGAUAGAAUUCCAAAUCAAAAUAAAACUGCAAGAGUUGCUUUCAUUGGGGUUGACUCUAGUUUACAUUAUUUCCGUUUUAAUGAAGGUUUGGAAGGAACUGAAGUCAUGGUUGUUACUGAUAUUGAAGAACCCUUCUUACCAUCUCCAUCCGGAUUAUUAGUCAAUUUGGAUGAAAAUAGACAAGCUAUUGAUAAAUUAUUAUUAGAUUUCGCUACAUUCUUUGAAGGUACUGCUAAUCAAGGUUUUGCUUUAGGACCUGCACUUAAAGCUGGUCAUAAAUUGAUCAGUAACAUUGGUGGGAAAUUAGUUUGUUUCGCUGCCACUUUACCAAAUACUGGUGAAGGUAAAUUAAGUGUAAGAGACGAAGCUAGUGUUUCUGGUAAACCAAAGGAAGCUAAAGCAUUAUUAAGUUCCGCUGAUAGUUUCUAUAAAUCAUUCGCUGUUACUUGUAAUUCAUCCCAAAUUACCGUUGAUUUAUUCUUGACUUCAUCAGCUUAUCAAGAUGUUGCCACCUUAUCCAAUUUACCAAGAUAUACUGCUGGUCAAACCCACUUUUAUCCAGCUUGGUCCAGCGCUAAGGUUGAAGAUAUCAAGAAAUUAUCAAAAGAAAUUGGCGAUCAUUUAUCCCAAGAUAUUGCUCUUGAAGCCGUAUUGAGAGUAAGAGGUUCCACUGGUAUUAGAAUGUCUUCAUUCUUUGGUAAUUUCUUCAAUAGAUCAUCCGAUUUAUGUUCAUUCCCAACAUUCCCAAGAGAUCAAUCAUAUGUUAUUGAAAUGUCCCUUGAAGAAAACAUCACCAAGCCUAUUGUUUACUUCCAAGCUGCAGUCUUACAUUCUACAGCAUUUGGUGAAAGAAGAAUUAGAGUUAUGAAUUUGGCUAUUCCAACUUCUUCAAAAUUAACCGAUGUAUAUGCUUCUGCUGAUCAAUUAGCAAUCACAAACUUCUUUACUCAUAAGGCUAUUGAAAAGGCAUUAGCCACUUCAUUACCUGAAGCUAGAGAAUAUUUGAUUGCAAGAGUUGUGGAUAUUUUGAAUGUUUACAAAAAAGAAUUGGUUGCCGGUAAUGUUUCUGGUGCAUCUCCAUUACAAAUAUCAACCAAUUUAAGAAUGUUACCAUUACUUAUGUUUACUUUAACCAAACAUUUAGGUUUCAGAGCCGAUAGAGUUCCAUCUGACCAUAGAGCUGCUGCGUUAAAUAAUUUAGGUUCAAUGCCAAUUCCACAAUUGAUCAAAUCGAUUUAUCCUACUGUAUUUUCCUUACAUAAUAUGGGUGAUGAAUGUGGUUUACCAGGAUCUAGAUUGGACGAAGAAGGACAACCAAUUGAUGAUAGUGAACCAGAGGUUGAUUGUGUCAUGCCAUUGCCUAUCAAUGAUUCUAAAGCUCAAUGGGAAAACUAUGGGUUGUAUUUAAUUGAUAAUGGAAGUGAAUUGUUCUUAUGGGUUUCAGGUCUUGUUGUACCUGGUUUAGUUCAAGAUUUAUUCGGGACUCAAAACUUGUAUGAAAUCCCAACUGGUAAAACUGAAUUACCUGAAUUUACUUUUGAACAAUCUGAAUUCAAUUAUAGAGUUCGUCAAAUUAUUAAUAAAGUUAGAGAACAAAAUGAUUCUAUUAUUUGGAAGAAUCUUUAUGUUGUUGUAGGUGGAUCAUCUAAUGAACCUAUAGAAAUUUCUCAACAACGUGAUUUGAUGGCUUUGAGAAUGUGGGCUUCAAGUUGUUUGGUGGAAGAUAAGAGUGGUAGUGAACCUUCUUAUAGAGAUUUCUUGACUUCAUUGAAAUCAAAAGUUAGUCAAUAA